AGUGGGAGGGGAGGAAGAACAAGAGAGAGACUGACAAACACACCCUCAGUGGAGGAGACAGGAAGAAGGAAGGAAGCCAUCUUGGUUCCACUUUGACAUGUCGGCCUGCACGACUACUUAAAAGCCUGUGAUAAGUUUUAGGAAGUACAAUCGCUUGUUGACUGAAGAUUAGCCGUUCCAGAGGGCGGAGCCUGGAUGUACAGCUUGGAAACAGGAAGAACUCCCCGAAAUAUCGUCCCAUUUUCUGUUGGCGGCGUCUGCUGAGACCUGACUAGGACGUGUAAGAUGAGUGGCGGACGAGUGCCAUCCAGGUCAGAGGUCAUGGAGUGGAGCCCCCAGCAGCUAGCUGACUACCUGAGGAAGAUGAACCUGUCUGAUUGUGACAGAACCGUGUUGAAGAACUCCAUCAAUGGAAGCCGAUUUGUGAACCUGACUGAGAACGACCUGCAGAAAUUCCCUAAACUUCACACACCGAUUAUUUCAAAGCUCAGUGCUGACAUUAGCAAGAAGGAGGAAAGACGAGGCCUGUUUGGUAAAAAAACCAUGACUCCUAGAUUUCUUGAACCGGCAAUUGACAUUCCUGAAUUGAGUGACGAUAAUUCUGACAAAGACGACUGCAAUGACUAUGAGAGUCCGAAUAGCGGCGGGGACGACGCGGACGGAGGCAGUAGUCAAAGUGAUUACGAGAUACCAAACGACGACGUAGACGGAGCUGAGCAUUACGAACCUCCUCCUUCAGAACCUGCAGAGGACCUGGCUCAUAAGCCGCACACUGCCUUGACCCCCGGGGAGCCGGAAUACAUCGAUAACAAGGACAAACAUGCACUCUCUAGAGGCCUACGCCCUGCUGUUAGCCCCCGCCCACAUGUCGCCUCUAACGCAAAACUGCCAGGUAUAGAUCACGCAUUGCACUCAAGUAGACGACCGUCAGAGAAAUUGCUCCCAGAACCACCCAAGAUCUUCCGUUGCAACAAACCGGGACGGAAUUUGUCUCCCAAUCGAGGUCCCAAUGGUACAGAGAGGCCAGGAAUACCCUCUCGGAGGCCUCAGACUUGGUCCAAACCUGUUGCUUCUCCUCUGUCCUCCUCUGCCUCCAUCGGAAGGAGCAACUCCUCCGUCAGACCUUCUCCCAACCGAUUUGACGGAAUGAGGGAGCAAGCAAACAUUGAUGCACCAAAGCACAUGUUUCCAAUCCUUCAUAAAAAUGUGGCCUCCCGCCCUGCACUGCCUGGCCGCUGCGAACAAAGCAACAGUUUGCCUCUUGGUGUCACUUCAGUUGGGUCACUGCCUCUUCACGUUCACUCCGCCCCCGAUGUCCAAGGUUGGGAUGACGACGAGUUUGAUGACGAAGAGUACAAUGAUGACUAUGAGAGCCCAGACAGCGGCAAUGAGGGCAACGAUAAGAGCGACGACGACGUUACUAACGACGACACCAACUGGGCUGACAAUUACGAACCUCCUCCAUCUGAACCCUCGGAGGACCUGAUUCACAAGCUAUGCGUAGCCCUGCCUGUCAAAGAGGACGAUUACAUCGAUAAAUGUGUGUCAACAAGAGGCCCACCACCUGCCGUUGUUCUACGCCCACCGGCCUCAUCUCUCCCGCCGUUGUCGCCCCGCUUACCAGGCGAGUCGUUGCCCAGUAGAGAUCCCUCACCGCACUGCGCUAGACAACCAUCAGGGAAGUUGCUGACAGGACCACCGCAGAUUUUUCGUGGUAACAAACCAGGAAAUGGCUCGCCUCUCAUUCGAGGGCCCAACACAGAAGAGAGGACGGCUACACAGUCUCCAAGGCCCCAUGUGGAUGUCCCGGAUCCUCCCUCCAGGUCCAAACCUGCUCCUCCUCCUCAUCCUGCUUCCUCGUCCGCCUUUGUUAGGCCUCCCGACAGGUUUGAUGGUAUGAGAGAGGUAGGUUUGGUUUUUAAAUGUUCAUUUCUCCGCCUGAUAUACGCAUCUUAUCUUCUCGUCUUCUUUUCCUUCUUGCAGACACACAAUGAAACACGCAAACACAACACGUUUCCCCUCCUCCAUAAAAAUCCGAACCCCCGCCCUGCACCGCCCAGUCGCCAUGGAGACAGUUUGCCUCCUGGCGCCACUUCUUUCGGGUCAUUGCCCCUCAGUGUUCACACUGGCUAUUCGGAUAAUAGGAGCAACUUUGAUGGAUCUGACCGUUUUCGUUCACCUCCCCCAAAACCUGCUUCAAACCAGGGGUUGGACCCUCGCUGGUACGUUGGUAAAGUCACAAGAAGUGAGGCUGAAGGGUACUUCAAACAAGUCAACAAGGAUGGGGUGUACUUGGUGAGAGACAGCUCUCACAAGCAGUCUAGUCAGCCCUACACACUGAUGGUCCUCCACCAGAGCAAAGUCUUCAACAUCCAGAUCCGGCAUCAGGACCAGCAGUUUCAACUCGGCACCGGACUCAAGGUUCAGGAGUCUUUCUCGACAGUGUCUGACAUCAUCAAACAUUACUCCCAGUGCCCUCUCAUUCUCAUCGACGCCAAAAACCGCUGCUCUGGUCAACAGAACCAGUGUCUACUCUCAGAUCCAGCAAAGAAUUACGUGGCGUAACCACAAUGAUUUCUACAGGAGUUAUCCGAGAAAACUAAUUGUGAAUUUCUUCUCCAUUUGUCGCUUUUUCAAGAUUCACAAGUAUUUGACAAAAUAACUGAGUGUUUGGUCCUGUUUUCACCUUGUAAAAAAUAAACAAAUUAAUUACUUUAUGAAUGUAGAUGUCCAUAAUUUUUGACACUUACUCCAAUCAGCAACCCUAUUAAAAUAAUCAAGUCUC